CAUAAAAUGGUGGGAUGAGAAAAAAAAAUGUCAGAACGGUACGUAACAUAGAGUUCAAUACAUGACUAAACCUUUUAGUAAAGUCACAAAAGAAGUUAAAGAACGCGAUUUAGCCAAAACAUUUUUGAUCCCACGGACUGAUCCGAAAGUAUUUAAAUAACGAAACAUUUACAAACAUGUCGCAGUAACAAUCCACAAGCUAAAGCAGCAGGUAGAGCAAUCUCAAACCUAUCUCGCAAUGAAACUACGCCGUUCUUUCAGAUUGUUGCUGUUCGUAGCUGCCAUCAUACUUGGAGUGGAAUCGGCCAAGAUCCAUAAGAAAGUCCGACGCUCGGCUUUGUCGCUGCCUAGCGGUGGAACGCUAUCAGUCACGAUGGAUUUGAUCAUUCCCGUCGUUCCACUUCUCAACACCACAUUGACUUACCUGUGGUUCGAUUUGCCGCUCACAUUCGAUCUACCCACUGCUAGCGCGCUGAACGAACUCUACUCGAGUUUUGGCAUGUCAUCCGGAACUUCAAAUGACGAUGAGUCCCGCAUUUCAAAUGAACUGAACCACGAGUUUAUGGAGGAACAAAGAGCUAAUCAUGAUCGGAGACAAGUUUACAAAUAUGCCGAAAGUUUCUUUCAAAAUUUUGGAUUCAACGGCAAUGCUUGCUUAAAGCGGGCCAUAUGCGAGCUAGCUGAAGCUCCACUAGGCAAUCACGGACUUUUCGGGAAAAUCUUUGACAUCUUAUUUUUGCCAACUGAAUCGGAUUUUCCUCAACACGAGCAGAAUUUCAUCAAUUUUACGUCGCUGCCCCCUGAGCUGCAUUUCUUGGGGAAAAGGAAUAAGGACGAAUACAACGACGCCUAUUUGAAGGGUAGAGCAGCCAGCGGUUGUCUCACUCAUUUCUCCGCAUGUCCAAUUUCUGUCUUCAAACUUUUGGACUUUUAACUUAAACAAAAAAUGUAGAGACUAUAACCAGUGAUUUGUUCUGAAACCUAAAGUUCCUAUUUCGAUAUAUUCGUGUUAGAAAAAAGUGCACUCACAUCCUAUACAACAACGUUGCAUAAAUAAAAUCUCGUCCAAACUGAUA